AACUAGUUCCUUAUGUCCUCAUCGCCACGUAAUAUUAUAAAAAAAAAUCGAGAAUUAAUAGUGAUUUUAUAAUGAAUAAAAAAUUUACUCUAACAGUUAUAUCAGUAUUCUCAAUAAUUAAGAAACAUUGAAUAUAUUUGUUUUAUUUACUAUAACGUCAUAUAUCCGCUUAUCAAAAUUACUUCACGGCACGAAUCUGAGAAACUCAAAUGCGUGAGAUGAAUAACAAAAUAUUACCAUGUUUUAUAACUGGUACAGUGGUUCGAGGUUUUGGUAGAGGCUCAAAAGCAUUAGGCAUUCCUACAGCAAACUUUUCAGAAAACGUUGUUAAUUCAUUACCUAAAAAUUUUGAUACUGGUAUAUAUUAUGGUUGGAGUGCUUUAGAUGGAAAGAUAUAUAAAAUGGUUGCAAGUGUUGGAUGGAAUCCAUUUUAUAAAAAUGAGAAAAAAGCAUUUGAAGUUCAUAUAUUAGAAAUGUUUCCAAAUGAUUUUUAUGGCAAGGAACUUAAAGUGAUUGUUACUGGUUAUAUACGAAAAGAAAGAGAUUUUGCAUCAAUAGUUUUAUUAUUUUAAUUUGAUACCAAUACAUUGUUAUUGUGAGGUAUCAUGAUUUUGUUCAUCAAACAUUUGCAUCAUGGAAGAUGGAGGUGGAGGUGGAGGUGGUGGAGGUAAAAAGGAUAAAGGUGAAGUCACAUAUGAAGUUUGUGAUUGCCAAUACAUAUCUGUACGUGGAAAUCUUAUAUUUGGAGCUGGAAAUGUAUUAUGUCUAUUAACAUUUGCUGACGUAGCAGAUUGAAACCUAGGAAGCAUUCCAAAAGAAAUCUUAGGAUUUGGUAUUGACGUUUCAUUUCUGUUUACAUUAAUACAUUGAGGGCUAAUAUUAUACUUGUUGGAAUUUUGGUUUGUAUUGCUAGUUUGCAAGUUAUUUGAAUAUGGCAUAUAUCCAUAAAGUCCAUUAUGCGUUGAAUGCAUUUGUUGAAAAUUAGUCGGAUAAUUUAAAUUAUUAAAAUAUGGAAACGAUGUCCAUGGUGAACUAUAUGAAUUAGAUGUACCGGAACUAUCAUUAUUUCUAACCUGGGAUUUCCUUCCUUUAAAAUUUUGUCCUAUAUUUCUGUUCCAAGGAUGAUUGGACUGCCAACUCGAGGCUAAAAGUAAAAAG